AUGUCUGCGCCAGUCGUGGCUUCAGAGCUUCCUACGUUUAACCCGUCGUCACUUCCUGUAGCACAGCUAGAGUCAUUGCGCUUCAAAGCCAAUCAGAUCAUUGAAUCUAUCAAAGCGUUACAAAUGAAUAUUGAUUUCCAUCCCACUGCGAUAUCAUCUUGGCCUGAUAUAUUAUCCAAAUACAACCUCCUGCUAUCUCAAACACACAACUUCUCCUCCUCUCUUUCUACCCCACUUCCCUCCAGUGUAUCUGCGAAUGGUGCAACAUUUGUUAAUGGCACCGGCACAGGCUCCAGUACCAAGUCUAGUCCAUUCGAAAAGAUUGCACUACAUCCCCGUGUAGCUGUAACAGAUAUUCAACUUGACACAGAGAUCAUUCCUCUCCUGCGUAAUCAGCAGACUACUGACGUUUUGAACGUGGAAAACGACAUCGUACGCAGAUUGUCAGAACAUAUGGUAACUCGUGGUUCGGUCGGCGUACUGAGCGGAGUGCCCAUUCCACCACCACCAUCCCAUUUGCACUCUUCCGGGACCAAGUACGAAGACGUUCUGCAGGAAUGCGAGCUGAUCCGCGCUGAUCAUGACCGUCGUGCUGAUCGCGCAGUGAGGGCCGUUUUGCUUUUGCGAGAAAAAUUUGAGUGGAAAACUAGGGUUGCAGUGGAAGUGGAAGAACCGGAAGAGCUGAGCUGGGAUCCCGCAGGAAGGCGAGGGUCAACUAAGAUGUCUAUACAGGCUGAGGAGGAGGGCGCAGAGUCGGAGGGGGAUGAAGGGAGCAGCGAGGAGGAUGAAGUGGAAGGUCAUCUUGUGCGGGAUGAUACAGAGCCUGCGGUGUCCACGCAAACAAGCGGCGACACAGACAUGGGUUGA